GUCGGGGCUAACUUGGGCUGCCGUGAAGGAGGUGGUGUUGCGGCCGGUGGAGAUGGGGACCGGCGGGCGGAGCGGGCCACGGUCGGUGAAGGGAAACGUGGAAAAAGCAGCAGCGGACAACGCCCCCUCGACCUUAUGCCCCUACAGGUGUAUCGAGUGUAACCAGGAGGCGACGGAACUGUACAGGGACUAUAACCACGGGGUGCUAAAGAUAACCAUUUGCAAAUCUUGCCAGAAGCCUGUGGAUAAGUACAUCGAGUACGAUCCUGUUAUCAUCCUGAUCAAUGCCAUUUUAUGCAAAGCGCAGGCCUAUAGGCAUAUUCUUUUCAAUACUAAGAUAAAUAUCCAUGGGAAGCUCUGCAUAUUUUGUUUGCUUUGUGAAGCAUAUCUGAGGUGGCUGCAGCUGCAAGAUUCAAGCCAGCACACUGACCCUGAUGACUUAAUAAGAUAUGCCAAAGAAUGGGAUUUCUAUAGAAUGUUUACAAUAGCUUCUUUAGAACAAAUGGCUUUCUUUAUUGGAAUUUUUGCUGGUUUGUGGCUAAUCCAACCCACAACACUGAGAAGAAAGUCCAACUUCAUUUUGCUUCUGAAAGCACUACUAUUGUCCAGCUAUGGGAAACUCCUGCUGAUUCCAGCCGUCAUUUGGGAACAUGACUACACUCCUCUGUGUCUCAGACUCAUAAAAGUAUUUGUCCUUACAUCAAAUUCUCAGGCAAUCAGAGUGACCCUAAACAUCAGUCGCAAGCUUUCAUUGUUGGCCAUCCUGAGUGGAUUAAUAUUAGAAAGCAGUGUGGUCUGCUUCUUCCAGAGGAUGGGGUGGGAUGUAGAAAGUGAUUGUUCCAUCUAUAAAACUUAAGAUUUCUCUUGAAGAUAAAGAAGAAAAACCUCCAUGAUCAUGACUUUCAGGAAAGUGUCUUAGAUGUGGACACAAAUUCUUUUUUUAUGAAAAAUUAAACAAAGGGAUACACACUAGCAAAGUAAUUGGGUAUAUGGUGCCACUUUUUCUGGAAUACAGUUAUAUUUCAAUAUUUAAUAAAAUGGUUGUUUCUUUGUGCCUGG